AUGCUUAUACGUAAUCGUCCACUUUUAUCUAUCUAUCUAUCUAUCUAUCUAUCUAUCUAUCUAUCUAUCUAUAUGCACUUUCACUUUCACUUUCAUUUUCACUUUCACUCAAGCCUUUAUCUUCUCGACACUUUGUCUUUUUAUUGUACGCGUAAACACGCCCAAAAUCUCACUCCUACUCUCCUCCUGUGUUUUUUCAGUCGUCUUUCUCUUAGUUACUCUCUCGUUGUUCCUCAUUCUCUUUCUCUCUCUACGUUUUUUUUCUUUCUAGAGAAUUUCAAACUUCUCAAGCAUCUCUCUUUCUUUCUUUCUUUCUUUCUUUCUUUCUUUCUUUCUUUCUCUCUCUCUCUCUCUCUCUCUCCACCACCUUAUCUCUCGGGAACUCAGUGCUUGAUUCCAUUUCGCACAUUAAGAUUAGCUCUUUCCGUUUUCACGCUAAUUUUCCCUUUCAUUCUUUGUCUCACCGUUUCUAUCACCCUCUCUCUCCUCCCCUUCCUCCUCCUAACUCUUACUAAGGCACGCUUUCUCACUUUCACACCUAGAUUUCUUGUUCCCUCUUUCACAUGCACAUCCCGCUUUUCACAUCAUCAUCAUCAUCAUCAUAUCAUCAUCAUCAUCAUCAUCAUCUCUCUAUCCCCCUUUCUUUUUUUCUUUCUUUCUUUCUUUCUUUGUUUCUUUCUCGCUAGCUCCCACUUAGGCAUACUUUUUUUUUCUCUCUGGCGUUUCUGA